AUGGUCUCUUCAAUCCUGAAUCUUGGUGUACUACUUCUGCUAUUCGGUUUUGCCAACUCUCUUCAAGUUACGCCAGGGUCACCAUGUGCUGCAGUGUGCUUAGACCACCAGGAUGGCAAUACACAAAACCCGGCAGCAUCGUCAACGAACUCGUCAGAUAUUAGCUGUCUCGAUAGCGAUUAUAGUUCCUCGUCAACUGGUAUCAAAUUCGAAAACUGUCUCAGUUGCCUAAAGGAUAGCAAGGCUGUUAGCGGCUCUGAGAGCGAUGUCUCUUGGUUCCUAUACAACUUGCGAUAUGCCGUUGAUGUAUGCGUUUUUGGUUCUCCAAAUGCUCCAAAGGCCAUCUCGUCCCCGUGCGAUAUUGAUUAUGGGUGUGCCCCCCUGGCCCAAUCGCUCAAAUAUGGCAUAUCAAAUCCGAAUAAUGCGUCAGAAUUCGGAUACUGCACAGCGGGGAAUGGCGCUUUCAAGAGCGAAUCUGUUGAGGCAUGCUACCAAUGCUUUCAAGCAAGCGAUAACCAAGCUUACUUAGCUAACUUUCUCAUUGCUCUACAAGCUGGUUGCGAACAGACUCCUGCACCGGGUAGCUUACUUGGUAUCUCGGGAACACUGUUCUCUGAUAUUCCAAUCAAAAUCACCGCGCCGCCUCCAGAUGCUAGUGACGAUGCGAGUGACACGUCGAAGACUGGCAACUCAAGUCCGACAUCGAUGACCACUGGUGCCAUAGUGGGCAUCGCUAUUGGAGGUGCGCUGCUAUUUCUUGGUAGCCUUGGACUUUUCAUAGUUCACCAUCGCCGCGAAAAGAAGGCCCGGGAGCGAGACGCCAUGGGUUCGGAUUAUGAUCCUCGGGGAGGAAGUGGCUCCAUCUCAGCACCGAGCAAAGGAGCCUUUACGUCCUAUGAUAGCAAGCCCUCUGUAUCAAUGAUAAGCGACUACGAGCUUAAGGCCCAGAGGGCAUACACAAACAACGCUAAUUACUACGACCUUCUCGAAAAGGAGAUGGCGGCACGACGGGCAAACUAUAACAUAGAUACACGACAACUUCCUACUCACCCUGCCUACAUUCCCGGAAAUACGAGCCGGGGUCCUUCUAGAACAGCUUCCCCAGCGCCUCCAGCAGCUGUGAAGUAUCACGCACCAGACUCAUACGUCAUGCAGCAGUAUCUGAACGCGGUCGAAGACGUCGCCCUCUCCAGCGGAUUCAGCAACGACGAGACUUCUAAAAAAUCCUCAACCCGUGGCGCAAGUUCCCCUUCCCCUCCCCCAGCUCGUCACAAUAAGGUUCCGUCGCUGUCUAUGCCCACGGUACCACAUAUUAGGGUGCCAAAGAAGUACUCUCCGCCGGUGAUAGCGAUACAGGGCGCGACGCCAGUCGACACACAAGAGAAGCGGACUGGCGGCGAUACGCAGAUAUCGAUGCCGUUGACAAUACACGAACGGCGGUUUCAGGAUCGCGGGUUGUAUAUCACGUCCUCCACCGAUAUCCUUGAGCAGCAAGUCGCACCGCCGCCGCGGUUAGGAGAGGAUCUGAACGUAAGGACAGGGAAUAGUUCUUUCUACGGUUAA